AGAUAAGAAUCACAGUGUACUUUGCAUUAUUGAUAAACGGGUACAUACAUAAUAUAUAUAUUCGGACUAUAUCUUAUUAUCCAUAACCAAUAGCCAACUUUAUAAUAUAUUAGCGUGGCUGUGUAUUAUAGUUUAUGUCGAUAUAUAAUCAUUCUGGUUGGUGUCAUCAAAAAUCAUGGCGAAGUCGAAAGUUAAUAAAAAGAUGGGACCUGUAGCAGUAGAGCUACCGGAGUGCCCAGUGUGCAUGGAUGUCAUGUCAGCGCCCAUAUUUCAAUGCCAAUCUGGUCACAGUAUCUGCAACUCCUGCACCAGGAUCUUGCUGCCACCAAUUUGUCCAAUCUGUCGUCAAGCAAUGACUCAAAUGAGAAACUGGCAGCUGGAAGAAUUAAUUUCUAAGGCUACUGUACCCUGUCCUAAUCGAUCAUCUGGCUGUGUGUAUACCAUGGUCUCUACCGACAUGGAAGAUCAUCUCAAGGAGUGUAUAUUCCGUGAAAUGGCUUGUCCCCUUGGGAUUGUAUUUGGACGAUGCUCUUGGACAGGAAAAUUAAAAGAUAUUCUGGAUCAUUUUAAGGAACGUCAUCCAAACCAUUGUUACAUGAAUACCGAUAAUGAUAUUAACAUUAAUAAUAUCUCAAUUUCUGUUGACGAAAGAUACAUGUAUCUGAUGCCUCAAGGCAAAUUUUUAUUUUUAUUAACCUUUAAGGUUGAUACUUGUCAAAAAAUGGCUUACUGGGUUGUGCAGCAUAUCGGAAGCAAGAAAGCUGCCCAGCAGCAUGUCUACGGAAUACAUAUUACAAGCAAGCAAGAUGAUAAACGGACAGUAAUAUUUACAGAUAAAUGUUUUAAUGAUGCAUUUGAUGUGAAUGAAAUAUUCCGCCAAGCAAGAUGUGGUGUUAUGCCACUUACGAUGCUUUCGCAUUUCAUAAAAGAUGGAAAAUUAUCAUUUCAAUUUAUUGUUAAAAAAAAUCAACCAUUCUUUAAAAACAAAGAUAAAGGCUUUGUUAAAGAAACAAAUCAAAGACCAAAGGGCCCUGGGCCUCAAAAUGCUGGGAAUCAGUCUAGAGGUAAAAGUCCAGGGCCUAUGCAUUUACAACAACAUCAAAAAGGAUCAAAAGGUUUUCCUCAAGGUGGUAAAAAUAAAAAACAGUAAAAUAUAUUUAGAACAAAAAAUUUAAGCUCUCACUUUGAAUAUUGAAAAUAAUCACUUUCAAAUACAUAUAAGGUUAACAACAAUUAAUUAGGACUUAAGUUUAUAAUUGUGACACUAAUAAUAAUUAUUAUGUUUAUGUGAUCAUUAUUAUAUUAUAACAACAACUUCAUAAAUAUAAUUAUGGAAUUGAAUUAUAUGGGACUCUAAAUAAUUCAUAAUUUUAUACAAAUGUUCCACUUUUGUCAUAAAACUAAAAAAAAAGUGAAAUGUAUAUUUAAAUCUGUUUAUAUCAGUGAUGACCACUCCUAAAGAAUGUUCCUCUACUGACCAACUUUAAAUGGGACUAUUUAUAUAUAUAUCUAUAUCUCUAACUCUAUCUAUCUAUUUUAAAACACCUAGUUUGUGUAUAUUGUUUGAGAGGAAUAUUGAAAUAUGAGUUUAAAUAAUUUGUUAAUUUCUUAACUUUAUUUGCAUACACUUAUAACUUUUUUAUACUUUUCUUUUAUUAUUUAAAUGUACCUCCUAAAAACUCCUGGUUCAUUCCCCUUAAUUUGGGUGGAAAACUGCCAAGUUGUCAUCACUGGCUUUUAUUAAUAUUGUGAUUGUUGUAUGUAUGAACAGAUCAACUACAUAUAAAUAAAUCAAUAUUUUUGAAAAUGUAUUUGGAAAAACAGACUUCCUAAUUUUCUUAGCAAGUGAGUGCUAAAAUAUUACAGGACAGGUUAAAUAAUAUUUAUAGGUUUAUUUUUUCUUUUUAUUAUCGCAAAUUUUAGAAAAAUAUGCCAUGAACUUUGUGUAAUCUUAUUAGUUGUAAUAUUUUCCUUUCUUUAUAAAAUAAUAAUAAGAAAAAAAAAAAUCAUACUAAAUCCUAAUAAUUUACAUGUAAUUAAUAAAAAAGUUAUAUAAUUAUAGUAAUGAUGUCGAAAAUUGCCUAUUUAUCGAAAUAUGUCAAGGGAAAAAAAAUAGCCCUCAGUAUUUCAAAAUUUAGAGAAAAUUUAAUAACAAUGUACCAUUUAUAUUCAGUACAAAUGGAUGAGACUAUUGACUGAAAAAAUAAAAUCUUUUGAAUUGUU